AUGAUGGAUAUGAAUACUUCCAUUGCACCGACUCUUGUAAAUGAACGAUAUGACGAUGUGCAAUUUGCACAACGAUUUGCACCACAAGUUCUCCUAAUUGAGCGCCUCAAUUUUCCAUUAUGGACCAUUAUUGGCAUUCCCGGCGGCAUAUUUAGCAUGCUUAUUUGGAGUAGCCGUCCAAUGCGACGUGGUGGUAGUGCCGCCGCAGCCAUCUAUCAGACCUGUCUCGGAAUAACCGACGUGACGUUUCUACUGGUGUUUUGGACCUGGCAUCUACAAAUAUCCUGGCACAUGCAUCUCUUGGAUCACCCUGUUAUUUGCGAAGUUUUUCCAGUGUUUCACUAUUGUGCACAGUAUCUAAACAGUACACUGACCUUCACAUUCACACUGGAACGGUUCUUAGCCAUUUGUUAUCCGUUCAAGUCGCAGCACUGUUUGAUCCGAUCGAACGAGCGCGGUGCACUCAAACUGAUGGCCAUACUGACCGCAUUUUGUUUAUCUAUCGGUGCUGUUCAGUCAUUAAUUUUUCGUUUCAAUGGAAGCUCAUGUGAAGUUCGCCCCGAAGUGAAUGACCUGGCCGAUGUGCGAUACACCUUGUAUCGUAUUUGGACAUUACUCACAGAAGCAGUGUUCUUCUUCGGAAUGCCACUGACGUGUCUCGUAUUGAAUGUGUUCGUGAUUCGUGUUCUGAGGCGGAGUGUGAAUGCGAAACGAAACCCGUUACUUUCGGUCCUGGUCAACGGUUCGGCAAAUGUGUCCGAGAACGAAGCGAACGACAGUUCAUGUGCUGUGACAAAAGGUGUCCGAUCCAGCACCCUAACAUUGCUGUGCACAUCAUUCUAUUUGACAAUAGUUCAAUUGACUAUGGCAAUCACGAUGGUGGUUGUGAAUUUCCUGCCACCGGGUGAACAAGAACUGACUGAUGAACAACUGGAACAGGAUCCUACUUGGCGUGCGUACAUUCGAUUUCUGACCAUUCGCGCUCUAAUUGAAGCGUUUGCACUCACCCACUAUGCGGCCAAAUUUCCCAUCUACAUGGCUACCAGCAAACAGUUCCGCCAGGAAUUCUGCCGUCGUUUCUGUCGUUGUGCCCGUCCAUCAAGGGAAGAUGAGCUACUGUCUGCUUCUAUGAACGUGCCACCAUCUCUUCUUACUCGUGUUUAUCGAUCAAGGUCAGACAUAUUUCAUGCGAAACGAUCGCACUCCAACUCCAGAUCAGCAUCCGUGGGCACAAGGAAAGGUUUGAUCAGCGGAAGUCCGGAACUUUCGGUCAAACAGAGUCUUGUCCCAAUGCAACCUCGACGAAGACCAUCACCGGGUUACUCCAGAACAGUGAUAGGACCUGAUGGGACCCGCGUGCCAGUUGCUCUUCAUGAAUCCUAA